AAUCCCCACUAUUUCACUUUCUUCUCCCCUAGACUUUUAUUGGAGCACGGAGCCGAUACAGGAAUCGUGAGUUUCGAAUUGGAGUUGCCUCUGGAUGUAGCACAGGGCAAGGACAUGGUUGCUCUCCUCAAGGAUUGGAUGCAACGUCAAUCUGUUGACGAGAAGGCAGCUCGAAAUGCCGAAGAACAGGCGAUGCUCAAAGAUGCCCAAGAGUGGCUUCGUACUGGCAAUUAUCCAAGUGUGGUAGAUCCUCGUACCGGUGCAACUGCACUGCAUAUAGCUGCAGCAAAAGGCUACUCUGAUGUUCUGGAAAUUCUUCUCAAACUCCCUAACAUAGAAGUAGACGCUACAGACGUUGAUGGGUGGACACCGUUGCAUGCCGCGGCUCACUGGGCUAAAGAAAAACCCCUUCGACUUCUUGCUUCCGCUGGCGCCUCUUUUGAUAUCAUUACGCUCACUAAUCAAACAAUUUAUGAUGUGGCAGAUCGAAGUGUGACGAUGCUCCUGCGACAGCUUCGUGUUGAACAACAACGUGCUGCAGCGGCUGCUGCUGAAGAGAAACCCGUUGUUACUCCUCCUGCAGUUGCUGUGCGACGAAAAGCUAAUGAUGAAGAAGAGAACCUAGCCCCCGAACCCGGUCAUUCAAUACCUUCAGAUGAAACUGCGGUGAAGAUAGAAGAUGAAGCAAAACCAGCUGAUCCAAAGGUGGCCAAAAUCGAUGAGCAGCUCGAAGUUCAACCGUCAUCUUCCACCACCCCUACAAUCGAGGAAAAAGAAGAUGAAGAAGAAAGGACUGAAGCCGCAGAGGAAAUGGCCAUGGAAGCUGACGAUCUGCUCAACAAGCCUCAGAAAGAUGAAGUCGCCUUAAGGGCCAAGAAACUUGAUGAAAAGGAGAAGGAAAAAGUCAUUCUACUUCAGAAGGAGAAAGAGAAGACACAACAGCAACAGGAGGCUUCAGAGGUCAAAUCUGUUCCUAGAAGACCUCAUUCACCAAUAAUGAAGGCUCCAGAAAAACUUGAAUUGCCUACACCUAAGGAGGAUUCUAAACCCACUGAGCCUGAAAAGACUUUCGAAGAUUCUACAUCUUCAAGACAACAAUCUCCAUUGCCAAGUACUUCAAUUGCAACGGCUGUCCUUUCGUCCUCCCAAAGAAAUCAAAUUACUGAGCCCACGAUGGCCCAAGAUGCAGCCAAUAGCGUGGCAUCGAAUGGAGUUACCGGAAGGAGCAACGUUCGUAAAAAGGACAGCACAGCCAUCAAACGGUAUGACCUUAUUCAGCUAACACUCAUUGGCACACGAUCUCCUGUGCCAUCUUGUCUCUCUCUCUCUCACUCUCUCUCUAAUCUUUUACUGCCUUCUGCUGUGAUUUCAGCUAACGUUCGUAAAUGCCGAAUUUCGGCUGUCUUAGCUCCUGCUCGGUCGGAGGAGACUGAAGCCCAACGCAGUAGCAAAGCACGUUUGGUGCGUUCUACUCGUCGUUCAACUCAAGGCAUUGCGAAUGAUGUGUUGGAAGAAGCCCGACGUCUUUCAUCCACUACAGUUCCUCCUCUGGUUUCUACGAGUGUCGCCCCAUCUACUACUACCGCAAUCACUGUUUCUGCUGCUUCAAUCGUUACCCCGACCCCUGUCCAGACGCCUUCUCUUCAGUUACAACCACCGCCACAAUCUAAGAAUUCCCCUCGACAGAAAUCGUUUGCCUCCAAGGUCACUUUGGGCUACCUUUCUCAACCGUUGAGUCGUCCGCUUCGCCAUGCCUUUGUUGGUAAAGUUAAUCAUCCUGGCUCGAAUGGAACUGCAUAUGUUAAUAACUGCCCACUUGAAGAGCAUGUUGCUACAACAAAUGCUUUGGUUGAGACACUCGUUGAGAAAGAUGAGACAGACAACUAUGUGAAACCACCGCGGGAACCCCGAUUAUCGAUAUCGCUUCGAAGUGCUAUUCGUGCAUUGGCGGCUCAAAAACCAUCUGUUGAUAAUGUAACGACUGGUACGGCAACUCCUGGACCAACGACACACGUCUCCAAGGCAAUUAUUACUCCUACGCAACCGUCUACAGCACCUUCGACAACUCCUGCUACUGAUGCCUCACAAUCAUCUAUUAUUGCUCAUUCACGGGCCCGACGAGCGGCCAAAGAUCGUGUCCCUACAGGAAAGCUUAACACGAAUGAUGUUCUUGCUGCUGCUAAACAACUCGAGCAGAGUGCGCUAGCGUGUAAUACAGAUGGUACCAUGCCAGUGACUUCAAUUCUUCCCUCUGACCCAAUCCCCAGGCCUACAACACGAGUUCUCAGAUCUACUAUUUUAAAUACCACCCCUAUAACCAAUACCAAUAACAAUAAUAAUAGCAACGAAGCGGCAGUUAGCAAUGGAAACGGUCAUAGACGCGUUUCACCAGCGCAGUUCUCUACUUCCCCUGCUACAAUCAAUAAACCUGCAGAUCAACGAUAUAAUUGGCGCGAGAAUCUCGACUAUCGAAUGCUGUAUGAAGAGGAGAGAAGUGAAAAAGAGGGACUUAAGCGGACUCUCGAUCAGCUCAGUCAGGAAAUCCAUAUGCUUCGUUCUGAGCUCGCUAGACUUCACAUCUCCAAUUCGAACCCUGCCAACGCGACGUCACCAAGGUCCUCCGUCGAUUCCUCUACUUCUCGUCCAGGCACUCUGGAGUAUUAUGAAAAUCAAGCUAAGGAGAUAGAGCGACUACGUGCUGAUAAUGCCCGAAUGGCGGAUGAGAACAAGUCUCUUAUUCGUGUUAUCAGCAAGCUUUCUGCCCGUUCUUCCACAUAG